GCUGGAGCUACUCUGCCAGGGUUUAAAAUUUUAAAUGAGAAUUAAGGGUAGUAAUUUACAAGGAAACGAGAAUGAAUAAACCAUCUCUAACCUCCAGUCUGUUUUUCAUAAGAGAGACCAUAUUAAACUUACAUGUUCUCUCAGCUGUGAUUGAUCUUCAGUUACAGAGCGUGGGAGCAGAGCCUGACCAGGUCUGAGAACAGCAAAGCAACUUAUUCCUUUCAGGACAUUCACACUAAUGUCCUAUUUCCAAACUGUUUGAAGACUGCCUCAUUCUGCCUCCGGUACCAGCAUCUUUUCUCUUCUGUGAUCAAUGUGAUUCACAGGAACUUCUUAAGUAACAAACGAAAUGAGCCAAGGGCGUGGAAAAUAUGACUUUUAUAUUGGUCUUGGAUUAGCUAUGAGCUCCAGCAUUUUCAUUGGAGGAAGUUUCAUUCUGAAAAAAAAAGGCCUUUUGCGACUUGCCAGAAAAGGCUCUAUGAGAGCAGGUCAAGGUGGCCAUGCAUAUCUUAAAGAAUGGUUGUGGUGGGCUGGACUGCUGUCAAUGGGAGCUGGUGAGGUGGCCAACUUUGCUGCAUAUGCGUUUGCACCAGCCACGCUAGUGACUCCACUAGGAGCUCUCAGCGUCCUAGUAAGUGCCAUUCUUUCUUCAUACUUUCUGAAUGAAAGACUUAAUCUUCAUGGGAAAAUUGGGUGUUUGCUAAGUAUUCUAGGAUCUACAGUUAUGGUCAUUCAUGCUCCAAAAGAAGAGGAGAUUGAGACCUUAAAUGAAAUGUCUCACAAGUUAGGUGAUCCAGGUUUUGUGGUCUUUGCAACACUUGUGGUCAUUGUGGCCUUGAUAUUAAUCUUCGUGGUGGGUCCCCGCCAUGGACAGACAAACAUUCUUGUGUAUAUAACAAUCUGCUCUGUCAUUGGCGCAUUCUCAGUCUCCUGUGUUAAGGGCCUGGGCAUUGCCAUCAAAGAGCUGUUUGCUGGAAAGCCUGUGCUGCGGCACCCGCUGGCCUGGAUUCUGCUGCUGAGCCUCAUCAUCUGUGUGAGCACACAGAUUAAUUACCUGAACAGGACCCUGGAUAUAUUCAACACGUCCAUUGUGACUCCAAUAUAUUAUGUGUUCUUUACAACAUCAGUUUUAACUUGUUCAGCUAUUCUUUUUAAGGAGUGGCAAGAUAUGCCUGUUGAUGAUGUCAUUGGCACUUUAAGUGGCUUCUUUACAAUCAUUGUGGGGAUAUUCUUGCUGCAUGCCUUUAAAGACGUCAGCUUUAGUCUAGCAAGUCUGCCUGUGUCUUUUCGAAAAGACGAAAAAGCAAUGAAUGGCAAUCUCUCUAAUAUGUAUGAAGUUCUUAAUAAUAAUGAAGAAAGCUUGACUUGUGGAAUUGAACAACACACUGGUGAAAACAUCUCCCGAAGAAAUGGAAAUCUCACAGCUUUUUAAGAAAAAUGUAAUUAAAAGGUUAAUCUAUAACCUGAUCUAAAGUGAAUUUGAAUAUUAGAAUGUGUCUGAAAAGACACUGCCCUCAAAUAAUGUUCUUUAAAAGACAAUCUUUUUUAAAGAUUCCACUAAUUUGGACCAAGAAAUUACUUUUCUUAUACUUAAACCAUGGUAGCUUACUAAAAUGACCUCAGUAUAAUACUGAUUUCUAUUAACAUUGUAUUACUGUAGAGGUAUUUUACAUUUUGAUUCUGUCUCCAAAAUCUAAAUGCACUAAUAACAGUUUAAGUCUGUAAAAAUGCUUUAUUUUUUCAUUGGUGAUAAAAGUCGGAAAUAGACAUUUGUCAUCCCUAUGCCAGCAGUCUGAUUGUGUAAGGCUUUUUGAUUUUAAAAAGAACAAAAUUAUCCAAAUAUGUUAUCCUGUGAUUUACCUUACCUAUAAAAAUUACUCAUGUUUGAUGAAUGAUUUUAAUUUUGAAAUGUUAAAAAAUGAAGUUCUGAAUGAAGGAAACUCUUAGAAAGCAGAAAAAAAAAAAAAGGUACGGAAUCAUCCCAAGGAAAUAUUUCUCAGGUUGUGACUUGUCACCAUGAAUCGGGUUUCCCGUGUGCAUUGGAUGGUCUACUUAGCACCUCAUUGAGCCAUUGCAUCCUACCUGUCACGCUGGGCUCUGCUUAACAACCUGGCUGAGCUUAUUCUUUAGUUUCUCCAAGUCCCACGAUGUCUGGAACUUUGAUUACCACUUGACAUUCGCUCUUGUGCUUUUCAGUAUGCAUUCAUAAUGAGUUAUAUUGUUAUUUAGACUUUUAACAGCGCUGGGAAAUAAAAUCAGAAGACUAGGGUUUCUUAAAUUUAGCUCACGUUAUAAUAAAAAGACAAGUUGAAAUGAAGUUCUUUUCUAAGUCUCAAUGCUAAGAACAAACUUAAAAUGUUUAUAAAAUAUAGUUUCUUUGUACCGCA